UGUCCUCAGACGGACGGUAUCCCAUGUAUCACCAUUCCUCGAGUUUGAACGCCAGCUAUGACCAGUAUCCUUCGUAUGCAACUGGCCCCCCUCCACCAGCGCCUACUCACCAUCCAUCGCACCUACCACCCCCGCAUUCGUCUUCGCAUGGACCUCCGCCACACCUUUCGUCGUCCUCAUCCUAUGAGCCUCAUCAGUCAAUGCUCCAUGCUCCUACACUUCGACAGCGGUCUUCAACAUCCUCGACACAUUCACAAUCACAUUCGCCGCACUAUCCUCCGCCCCCAUCAUCCUCUUCAGGAGGGUAUGGUCACCCGUCUUCCAGCUACGUUGGCCCCUCAGCGCCUCCUCCACCUCCUUCGUCAUCUUCUUCAUCCUCUACACCUUCAGGGUACUCCCUGCACCCGUCACAUCAGCCUCAGUGGUCGCCACCUCCACCUCCUCAACCCGCCCCACUUCCAUCCUCGUCAGCCAGCAGUUGGGGGCACUACUCUUCACAUUCACAUCACCCCACUCACACGCCAAGCAGCAGUAGCAGUUCUCUGCAAACUGCCCAUCAGUCUUCUUCAUAUGGGCCACCGCCUCCGUCUUCUUCCUCUUCGUCGCUCUCUGCCCAUGAGCAUCCCCCUCCGCCUUCUUCUCGUAUGAUCAAUGGCCCGCCACCACCAAGCUCAGCAAGUUCGAUCAAUGUUGGACCGGGUGUAUCUGGCCAUGGGCAAAGCCAUAGGGUUUCAGUUUCGUCCUCGUCUGGAGGCUACGGACUAUCUUCUGUGUCAAGCUCGAAUUCGAGGAGGAUCAUGCACCAACCCCCAUCGUCGUCGUCGCUAGCGGAUGAACGGCGAUUUAGCGGUCAUCAGCAGCAGCAACACCCCAGCCACCCCAGCCAUCCCAGUCAGCAGCAGCAGCACCAACAGCAGCAGCAGCAGAUGACACCACUGGCACCACCGCCAGCUCCUCUGCCGACGACGGCCACUCCAAUGCAGUUACAGCACCAUCCUCAACCGCAAACGCACGGUUAUUCGUCGUACAGCUCCCAGAGCCAGAGUCGAUACCAGAGCCAGCAGCAGUACCAUCAGCCUCCGCCGUCAUCUUCCUCGUCUUCAUCUGCACCACCGCCACCUCCGCAAUCUUCUGCGUCAAGUGCGCCGUCAAGCCAUUAUCAGCACCAGUCCAUACCUUCUGCGACGCCCACACCGCAGCCGCCUCAGUACCAACCUCUACCGCCUACUCAAUCAUCUUCGUCUUCCUCCUCGUCGGUGCAAGUGCAGAGUGGCCCUGGGUCGGGUGCGGUACCGAUACAUGUUUCUCAGCACAACACGGAGCGUGACUGGCCUCCGGUCCAGUAUUUGCAGCGAAUCCCUCCGAAUCCUCAACACCAGCAGCAACAGCAACAGCAGGCUCAGCACCAGUCGCAGAUACAGCAACAGCAGCACCAGCACCAGCAACAACAGCAUCACCAGCAGCAACAGAUGAUACAGCAGCAGCAACGGACGGGUCAGCCCUCAUCUUCCUCGCUUUCCCAGCAUCAGCACCCACCUUCGUCCUCUUCUCUACCAAGCAGCAGUUCUGGAAAUAGGAAGAAGAGAGGCAGGGACUCAUACACACCUGUUUCGUCGCUGUACCAAGCUUCUCAACCGCCGCCUCCUCCUGCGUCGUCGUCAUCUUCGAACACUGGAGGUGGUCCAGCAACAGGAGGAAGCAUCCAUCAACAACAAACCCCCGGCCCGCCUCCUCCGGCUACCAGUCUAGCCCAUAUAGUCCGUUCCACGCCUGGCCCGCCGCCGUACCAGUCCCCCCAGCAGUCGACAACGUCCACGUCGAGUUCUUCGUUGUACCAACCAUCCAGCUCGAAUGCACCGCCCCCUUCGUCGUCUGGUGGAUAUUCGACGACCAGCUCGAGUUACCCGCCUCCUCAACAAUCGCAUUAUGCUCCUCAGCCUCCGCCUCAACCUCAAGCACAACAACCGCCCCCGACCUCUGCGACGACGACACUUCAGCAUCAUCAGCCGGCGCACCACCCUCACCAGCAGCCGCCGCCUAGUUCGUCCUCGAGCUUGAGCAUGAGUGGAGUUGGCGGCCCGGUUCCAAGUGCCGGUCAUCCAGGUCAUCCAGGUCAUCCAGGUCAGAGUGGGAGUGGGAGUGGUGGGGUGCCUUCAGGGUAUCAUCAGUCGACUUCGUCUGCUUUAUCGUCGAGUACGGGAUCGGGCCAGCUCCAGAGCGAUUCUGGGCGUGGUGGUGGUGGGAGCAUGCAGCAUGGUGUUGUUUCUGGCGGAGGGGCGGCAUCGGGGCCGGGUGUGGGUGCGAUUGGAAGCUCUGUAGGAGGAGCAAGUGGUGGUGGUUCUUCUGGCGGGGGCGGUGGUGGAGCAGCUAUUGGUUUGGAUUUCAUCAAGGUCGCACAGACGUUUAGAGAAAUUCUCGACCACACCGACUCUGUGGCUAACGGCAGCUCGAACCACCUAAAUGGACGACCCGCUUCUUCGGCCUCGUCAGCAGCAGGUCACGGCGUCAAUGGGCAUUCCAACGGUACCCCGUCGUUCUCCGUCGAGGCCAUGGGCAGGCUGCUCAUGAAUGCAUCAUACGGGAGCCAGAUGCUCGAGGUGGCGCUGAAGCACGUCCAGAUCGGCCCAAGUCCAGCACCUCCGCCACCUACCAGCGGGUACAGUUCAGCUGCACCGGGGCAGACCACGAGCACGAGCGCGAGCUCGCUGGCUGGUGCUGUACCGCCGCCCCAGCCACCCUCGACUGCAGGAUCAUCGACAUCCUCUUCAGCCCAAGGGCAUUCGCAUUAUCCACCACAUGUGGCGAAUCAGUCAUCGACAACGACGUCUCCGAAGGUCAACAAGUCGACGGAGGAUUCGAGGGUGAUGAAGGUGGAUAGUGGGAAGGAAGCUGUGGUGAACGGGUCUAAGGCUAGUGGAGGCACGAACGCGUCUGGUGGGGGCACAGCGGCUGGUGGGGAUCGGAAGCGUCAGGAAACUGGCGAAGAGGGUCAGCAGGAAGGAGCACAGACGUGUCUCGGAUGCAACGCUACUUCGACACCCGAAUGGCGUCGUGGGCCCAUGGGCCCGAGGACGCUGUGUAAUGCCUGCGGACUGGUCUACGCCAAACUCGUCAAAAAACGCUUUAACAACAAACCCUCUAAUCCCAAAAAGCCUGUCGGCGGCGCCGCUGGCAAAAUUGCUGGGGGUACGACGACCUCGCUGGGCGGAGGCGUUGGGGGCCAAAUGCACAUGAUCGCUCCAGAAGACUCUCAGGACGAGGGUAGCGAAGACGAAGAGGAUUACCGGUCGCAAGAUCGGAGGAGCGACCUACAUGACUGAU